AUGAAGCUCUUUAUGGAAAUCAACUCAGCUGCUGAUUGUGUGAAUCUCCAAAGUAGCCUUGAUUGUUUUGUUAGUUGGUGUUUUAAUAUAGGCCUUAAAGUCAAUGCUUCAAAAUGCCGAGUCAUGACGUUUACUCGUUCCCGUUCUACUAUCCCUUUUGACUACAAUAUCUCUGGUUUGACAAUUGCACUCGUUGAUAAUCUAAUCGACCUGGGUUUUAAACUAGCUAGAAACCUUAGCCCAAGUCCUCAUAUUGCGAUGAUUACUAGCAGAGCAUUUAAAGUUUUAGGGUUCAUUAUGCGUCUAUCUAAAGACUUUAAAUUGUCAAAAUCAUUAAAAUCAUUAUAUUGUGCUUUAGUUCGUAAUAUUUUAGAGUACAAAUAG